GCUUCUCUGUUUUUACUUUUUCGCCGCGAAAACUCCUUUGCGUCUUUCUUCCUCCGCCGCGACCGCCUUCGCCGCCGGUGGGAGGCGAAGGAAGCGGCCACUAUUUAAUCGGUCCCUGUCCGGAUCCGACCACCGCGAAACCCUAAAUUGUCUUCGCAGGAAGAGAGAGAGAGGACCGAGUGCUUGCUUGAGGCGCUUCCCUUCGGCCCCCGAGCUUGAUUUCCCCGAUGAGAAGGUAGGGAUGGGUCGACCCGAGCCGUGCGUGCUGUUCGCCCAGACGUUCGCCCACCCCCAUCUCGACGAGUACGUCGACGAGGUAGUCUUUGCUGAGCCCGUCGUUGUCGCUGCUUGCGAGUUCCUGGAGCUGAGCGCGUCUUCGACAUGUCAAUCGGUGUCGCUUGUCGGGGCUACUUCACCUCCUUCAUUUGCUUUGGAAGUUUUUGUUCAAUGUAAUGGGGAGACAAGAUUUAGGCGCCUUUGUCAGCCCUUUCUGUAUUCUCAUUCUUCAUCAAAUGUGCUGGAAGUUGAGGCUGUUGUAACUAAUCAUCUUGUUGUGAGAGGCAGCUAUCGCAGUCUAAGCUUAGUCAUAUAUGGGAACACAGCAGAGGAUCUGGGACAGUUCAACAUAGAAUUUGAUGAUAGCUCCUUGACAAAUAUCACUAAUUCAGCGGAGGGAGAGCUUGAGGAUUUACCUAUGCCUUUACGCACUACUAACUUUAUGAGUAAGGAAUUCACCUGCUCUCUCAAUGCGUUGCCUCUACCUGUUAGUGUGUUAGACAUGUCUCUUGGGGUCAAGCAGCUUCUACAAUCAAUAUUGAGGAUUCUGGAGCUACGGGCACAUGGUGAUGCAGUACAAAAAGCUAUAAGUACUAUUGUGUCAGCUGUCUCUACUUAUACCACUCAUGACCUAUCUGGUGCUGGGAUCAGUGAGAAAUGUCUUAAAUCAGGCAGAUUAAAAAAUGGUAAGAAAUUGGAACUUGCUACUAACGAGGCCGCAGGGGAGCUUCUUGAGCUCUACAAAGUUCUUCAACAAGAGUCAGCGCAGUUUUCAGCCAAGCCAUCUGCAGAAACCAAUUUCCUUGAUAUGGAUAUUGAUUCGGUUAAUUUCAAGCAUUUGGUUGACAUGUUUGGAAAGUACUUUCAUUUUGAGAGUGACUCCUUAUUUGUUGGACAUCCCGUGCUCUCAAAGAGAAAUAAUUCCAUUUUGUGGUUGAGUAUGGCUCUUUUAUUCUGCUCUGCCAAAGAAAGUUGCUUCCACUUUGUCAAUGGCGGGGGCAUGGAGCAACUGGUCAAAGUUUUCUGCAAUGACCUACAACAUUCAACAACAGUGGUGCUCCUAUUUCUGGGAGUUGCGGAGCAGGCAACACGAUACUCGGUUGGCUGUGAAGGUUUCUUGGGUUGGUGGCCUCGUGAAGAAGUUACCGUUCCGUCUGGUACUAGUGAAAAUUAUACUCAGUUGCUGAAACUGUUAUUGCAAGAACCACGCCAUGAUGUUGCUUCCCUGGCAACUUACAUUCUUCGUCGCCUAAGAUUUUAUGAAGUUGCAGCGAAAUAUGAGUGUGCAGUGCUCUCUGUGUUAAGAGGUCUUUCUACCAUUGAUAGGGUCACAGAAGCUUCUUUGCACGAGCUCAUGAGUGCUAAGUCUCAACUCAAAAGCCUCUUGAAGCUGAUAAAUUUGCAUGGUCAAAUAGAAGAUCCUUAUCCUGUUGCACAAGCAAGUAGAUCCCUGAUUCUUGGUCAAGGUGAAGGAUGCCUGUCCUACAAAACGACCAGUGGCUCAAUUACUUCAAACUGUUGCCUUUCCAUUUGGGAUAUUGACCCAGAUCUGCUGGGAAUUCUCAAGGAGAGAGGAAUUCUUCCUCUAUCAGCUGCUUUGUUGUCAUCAUCAAUACUGCACUUGGAAGUAGGACAUGCAAUGUUCUUACAUGUAGAAAUCGUUUCAUCAAUUGGUGCCAUAAUAUUUUCACUGCUCCUCUGCCGCUCAGGCUUACUUUUCCUUGCACAUCAACCUGAAAUUUCAUCUACAAUAGUCCAUUGCCUGAAAGGUGGCGAUUCUACCAGAAAAGACGAGUGCCUUCCACUUCGUUUUGCAUCCACCUUAUUAUCCAAAGGUUUCUUCUGUGGGUCAGAAGAAGUAGGCAUGAUACUUGAGAUGCAUUUGAGAGUGGUUAACGCAAUCGAUCGUUUGCUUACAUGCACUCCUCAUUCUGAAGAAUUCUUAUGGGUCUUGUGGGAACUUUGUGCGCUUUCCAGAUCUGACUGUGGACAUCAGGCUUUGUUGGUUCUUGGAUUUUUUCCAGAGGCUAUUGCAGCAUUGAUUGAAGCAUUGCGCUCAGUCAAGGAGUUGGAGCCCACUGCAAAGAGUGGUGGAGCUUCACCCCUGGAUGUUGCGAUUUUUCAUUCGGCAGCAGAGAUUUUUGAAAUCAUUGUUACCGAUUCCACAGCAUCUUCUCUGGGCUCUUGGAUUGAAUGUGCAGUCGAACUUCAUAGAGCUUUACAUUCCUCAUCCCCAGGGUCAAAUAGAAAAGACGCUCCCACACGACUUUUGGAAUGGAUAGAUGCUGGUGUAGUUUAUCACAAAAACGGGGCUGUUGGUCUUCUCCGGUAUGCUGCUGUGUUAGUAUCUGGAGGAGAUGCACACUUAACUUCGACUAGUAUUCUAGUGUCAGAUCUCAUGGGUGUUGAACAUGCUGUUGGAGAUCCUUCUGGUGGUUCUGACAUAAAUGUAAUGGAGAAUCUUGGGAAAAUAAUCUCUGAGAAAACAUUUGACGGAGUUGCACUUCGUGAUUCUUCUGUAGCUCAGCUUACAACAGCAUUUCGGAUUUUAGCUUUCAUUUCCGAGAACUCUACUGUUGCUGCAACGCUAUAUGAUGAAGGUGCCGUUACAGUUAUCUACACUGUUUUAAUUAACUGUAGAUUUAUGCUUGAGAGGUCCUCGAACAGUUACGAUUACCUUGUUGAUGAUGGAACUGAAUGCAACUCCACAUCGGAUUUGCUUUUGGAACGGAAUCGGGAGCAGAGCCUAAUUGAUGUGUUGAUUCCUGCCUUGGUACUGCUGAUCAACCUUUUGAAGAAACUACAGGAAGCAAAUGAGCAGCACAGAAAUACAAAACUAAUGAAUGCUCUUCUGAGAUUGCAUCGAGAAUUGAGCCCCAGACUAGCUGCAUGUGCAGCAGAUCUAUCUGCUCCAUACCCUGAUUCUGCUCUUGGUUAUGAAGCCGUCUGCCAUCUCAUUGUGUCUUCUCUUGCUUAUUGGCCAGUGUUUGGAUGGGCUCCCCGCCUGUUCCACUCUCUCCUUGCAAGUGUUCAAGCAACUUCAGUUCUGGCCUUGGGUCCAAAGGAGACCUGCAGUUUUAUGUGUCUUCUGAAUGAUUUGUUUCCUGAAGAAGGAAUCUGGCUUUGGAAGAAAGGAAUGCCUGUGUUGAGUUCCCUCAGGAAGUUGGCUAUCGGUACAAUAUUGGGACCUCCAAAAGAGAAAGAGGUGAACUGGUAUCUGAAACCUGAAUUUCGUGAGAAGAUUCUGAGCCAAUUAACCCCGCAGCUUGACAUGAUUGCACAGAUGAUCAAACAUUAUGCAGUCUCUGCACUGGUCGUAAUUCAAGACAUGCUUAGAAUUUUCAUAAUUCGAAUUGCUUGCCAGAAAGUUGAAAGCGCCUCCAUACUCCUCAAGCCCAUCUUCAGUUGGGUCCUUGAUCAUAUCUCUUUAAUUUCUUCGUUGGAUAUUGAUACUUACAAGGUUUACAAAUAUCUCGAUUUUCUUGCUUCUUUAUUGGAGCAUCCGCAAGCUAAGGCCCUAUUACUCAAGGCGGGGAUGAUCCAGAUUCUGAAAAAAGUUCUCGAAUGGUGUUUGGAUGCCGUUGAUUCAGACAAGAUUUUGGAGAGUAGAAAUAUGGCGGAUAAUGGAUUUACGCUGCUUAGUUGGUGCCUUCCUGUGUUUAAGUCCUUGUCACUGUUGUGUGGUUCUGUGGCAACUUCACAAUGUGCUGGGUUGCCUGAUUCGAAAAAUACGGAAUGCUUUAGCACUGGAGAUUGUGCUUCAAUUUUACCUUAUCUUCUUAAGUUUUUUCAGGUCCUGCCUGUUGGAAAAGAGUUGCUUGCUUGUGUUAGAUCUUUCAAAGAAAUCAGUUCUUGCAAAGAAGGUCGUGAUUCUUUGAAGGCUGCCUUUGGUUCCUUUAGUAGUUCUGUGGUACAUGAGCGAGACAAAGGACAUGAAACUAACCAAAUUUAUAACGGUAGCGAAUCUGGAUGGAGCAAAUGUGCUCCUUUAUUGUGUUGCUGGAAGAAGAUGUGGAAUUCUUCUGAAGCUAGUGAUGAUUCAUCGUCUUUCGCUGCUCAAGGCCUUGAUCUAUUGUCUUCAGGGUGUUUGUCAUUCUGCGUGGAUGGAACCAGAUUGAACUUGAAGGGGGUUGGUCUGGUGAAAUUGCUUUUUGGGCUUUCAGAUGAUUUGAAUGAGACAGACAGUUUUAUCAAGGAAAACCUGAAUUAUGUUAAAGGUUUAAAUGCUCUGUUGAGUUCAAAGGGCGAAUACAAUGACCAUGAAACUGGUCCUUUUCAGAUCCCAGACUCUGUAAAAUCAUUGCUUCUGUUAUUGGUGAAUCCUAUCGGUGCCAUUGAUGUGGUUGAUAUAGUUUUUGGUGAGGCUGUCUUGUCAUCCAAUGAUGAUCUGGUUUCUACAGAGUUGCAGUCUGCUGUAGAUUGCUGUCUUGAAAGAACUGAUGGGUUACUUCAGCUAGGUGGACUAGGAGAUAAGUUCCUUUGGGAAUGUCCGGAAACUUUGCCUGAUAAGACAGCUCUUCCAUUAAAAAGGAAAAUGUCAUCUCUAGAAGGUCAAGGUAGGCGUGCCAGAGGGGAGAAUCCACCUUCUGAUCUUGCAGCCUCUGGUGCAUUUUCACGUGGUUCAGGUCAAUCUGUAGCUCCCUCUGGUCCUACACGCAGAGAUACAUUCCGGCUGCGCAAACCAAAUACCAGCAGGCCUCCAUCUAUGCACGUGGAUGACUAUGUCGCACGGGAGAGAAAUGUUGAUGGUGUUAGUGAUGUCAUUGCAGUUCCACGUGUAGGAUCAACGAGUGGAAGACCUCCUUCAAUCCAUGUAGAUGAGUUUAUGGCUAGACAAAGGGAACGGCAGAGUUCUUCUGCCACAAUAGUUGGUGAGGCAGUAACACAAGUGAAAAAUGCAGCUCCUGCUAACGAUGGAGAGAGAGAGGUCAAAAAACCUAAGCAGUUGAAGACAGAUUUAGAUGAUGAUUUACAGGGUAUUGACAUAGUGUUUGAUGGUGAAGAAUCUGAAACGGAUGACAAGAUGCCUUUCCCCCAGCCAGAUCAUAAUUUGCAACCAUCUGCCCCUGUCACUGCUGAGCAAAGUUCUCCCCACUCAAUUGUUGAGGAGACAGAAAGUGAUGUUCAUGAAAGCAGUCAAUUUUCUCGUAUGGGCACGCCUGUUGCGUCCAAUGCUGAUGAAAACACCCAAAGUGAGUUUUCUACAAGGAUGUCUGUUUCACAUUUGGAGAAGCCAUUGACUCGAGAACCAAGUGUGACCUCAGAUAAAAGGUUCUUUGACCAAUCUAAUGAUGUGAAGGAUUUGAUUACAGGAAAGACCUCUGGCGUGUUUGAUGCUGCAGCAGUAGCAAACAAUCCUGGAUUUCCUGUUUCACCUUAUGCUAUGGCAUCAGCAUCGUCAUCUGGGCAAUCACGUGUUGAUUCUAGGGUGAGUCCUCAAACAUUGUACCCAAAACACAGUCCGCAUCAUGCAGGAAACCUUCAUGGUGCAGGAACCCAAGGAUCCUAUGACCAGAAAUAUUUGCAGAAUCAACCACCACUACCUCCCAUGCCACCACCAUUGUUAGUUCCAUCAGUAGUAUCUCAGGCUUCCGAUUCAGUUCCUAGUCAAGCAUCCCCAUUUACGAAUAAGAUGAUCGAUGGGCAGUCACCUGUUUCCAGUGCCUUUCAUAUUCAGUCAGAUCACUUGUCUCCAUACAGUUCUUCCCCCAGUGGAUCCAUUAGGCCUCUCCCACCACUUCCCCCAACACCACCUCCAUUUUUAUCCAGUCCCUAUACUAUGCCACCUAUAAAAGCUUCCACUCCACAGUCUUCAGGUUAUGUUCAGACAAGCAUUGGAAUGACAGAAUUUCCCCGUGCGCCUAUUAUGCCUUCAACUGAUCUGCAACAUUCUGCAGCAGGUCCCAGACAUUCAUAUCCCCCACCUCCCCUAAUGCAUCCCUUGGUGUUCAGUAGGACUGCCUCUGUCCCUGUGAAUUUCUAUGGGAACAACACAAUGCAGCAACAUGGAGAGAAUCAACCUAGCAUCUUGCAGAACUUUCCUCCAAGUCAAUCUCCAAUGCAGUCAGUACACACUGUUGCACAGUUGCAGCCACUUCAGCCCCCACAACUCCCACAGGUUCCACACCCACCUCAGCACCUCAGACCACUAGCUUUUUCUUCACAGCAGCCGGAACAAGGGUCAUCGUCCUUGCAAAACCCAGUACAACAAGGUCAUCAAUUACAAGCACUGCAGCAGCAGUCACAAGUAUCUCCUUUGCAUGCUUAUAUCCAGUCACAGCAACAAGAACUAUCUCGUGGUCAUCCACGUCAAGAAGUAGAGCAUGCUGGACUCCAGGUUUCUCAUCAGCAAGGAGACACAUCCAACCAGCAUCAAGAUGCAGGAAUAUCACUAUACGAUUACUUCAAGUCCCCAGAAGACAUCCAGGCCUUGCUGAGUGAUCGCGAAAAGCUCUGUCAGCUUUUGGAACAGCAUCCAAAGUUAAUGCAGAUGCUUCAGGAAAGAUUGGGCCAGCUAUAACAUCGAGAUCAGAUUUGUCAAGGGUGGUGGUCCUGUUGUAUGCCCUCUCAUUUGGAUGAUUUAUAUAAUGUUCGAAUCACCAAAUGCGAUAUUCUUGAGCAACUGUAGCCUGUCCAUUAUUUGUUUUCGAUAUUUGUAACUUAAAUUCACUUUGUGUAUAUAUAUGUACAAUUUUGUCCUGGCCUCA